UCCAUUUUCACUCCUCUCUAAAAGCAAAGCCCCUCCCUCUCUCUGCUCUCAAUUUUUAAGAUAUUUGUAAAACACUCUUCGGUCUUUACCUCCUUUCAUGGCUUAUCUAUGUUUUUAUCUGGUGUUUUCCCUUUUUUUUUCAGCUGAGGUAAGUGGGUUAAACACCAUCAGUGAUGGUGAUAUUGGGAUGGAGAGCGGAGAGCUCUUGGGGCUGUUUGAAGUUAUGAAAAACCUGUUAGAUGAUCCCAACUGGGCCCAAAUGCAUCCACAUCCAUGUACUGAUACGCCGUGGCCGGGUAUUCAAUGUGAGAUUAGCCAAGAUCUACCUAUCCUACAUGUCACCAGAAUUCAUAUCUCCCCUGAGAUUGUCAACCCACCUUGCAAAACCUCGGCCAAACUAUCCAAAUCCCUUUUAAAGCUGCCUUAUCUCAAGUCCUUCUCCAUAUUCAACUGUUUUCUCACAUCAACUUUCACUCUUUCUCCAUCUCUCUUUGGCAUCUUCUCUUCACUAGAGCAGCUGGUUUUCAAGUUCAACCCAGGUCUCUCUGGGGAGAUUCCAGCAAGUUUAGCCGAGGUUGCCAGCCUGAGGGUCCUAAGCUUGUCGAAGAACAGCCUGCAAGGAAGGAUCCCACAGCAGCUUGGUCGGUUGAGUAGCUUGGAGCAGCUUGACCUCAGCUACAAUAACCUUAGUGGCGAAAUCCCUGAAGAGAUUGGAGGGCUGCAAAGCUUGUCUGUCUUGGACUUCAGCUGGAACAGUCUGCAAGGGCAGGUGCCUCAUUCUUUGGGUCAGCUUCAAUCGCUCCAAAAGAUAGACUUGGGAUUUAACAGGUUCCUUGGAAGGAUGCCUCCAGAUUUAGGGAAGUUAAAAAGGUUGGUUUUGUUGGAUUUCAGCCAUAACUAUUUAACAGGUCCAAUACCAGAGACCCUCUCAGGAUUGAAGGAGUUGCAGUACUUCUUGGUGGAAGGCAACCCUAUAAAUACAGGGAUACCUUUAUUCAUAGGGGCUCUUAGCAAGCUCACAGUGUUGAGCCUUUCAGGGUGUGGGUUCAGAGGUCCAAUACCCACAUCAUUUUCUUCGUUAAAACAUCUCAUUGCACUGUCUCUAGACAACAACAGGCUGAAUGGCACAGUCCCACAGUAUCUAGGGACGCUUCCCAAUCUUGAUCAUCUAAAUCUUAGUCAAAACAUGCUAACUGGAGAGCUAGUUUUCCCUGAGGACUUCUUCAAUAGGCUUGGCAAGAGAUUGGAAGUCAAAGGAAACGUUGGGCUAUGCACGAACCAACAACUCUACAAGAACAUUUCAAUGUAUCUAAAGACACCGAUCUGUAUGGGUUCACCAAAAUCUAGCAACAGUUCUCAGUCACAACAACAGCCAGAUGAUUACAAGAGAUCAACACCAUCUUGGUACUAUGGCAAGGUGAGUUCCAAGGCUUCAACUGUAUAUCAGUGUUUUAUUACCAAUUUUUUGCGUUACUCCAAUGUUCUUCUGUUGAGUCUAUUCUUGUUUUGAAUCCACUCUACUGUUCUCUGUGUGUGCGUUCAGUACUUUUCUCUCUC